GAUCUAAACAGUGACAGCGGACGGCGUGAUAGUAACGUUUAGAAACAUAACUUGACAUUUAUUAUCGUCCUGAUUGAGAUCGCUCCGCAAUACACUGACGUAAAAUUUCACAUUUUUGAACAAGGAAAGGUUAAAGAGAAAAAAGGGGGAAAUGGAUGCCUUGCAGAGAAGAGUGAUUCAGGAGGACACAGUACAGUACAAACUCUUCAUGAUUCAGCCAGCCCAUUCAGCUCCUCAGCAGACCGAAGAACAUCUCAAACUCUUGGUACCAGAGAUAUUGGCAAAAGUUGCCCCAUUGCUGGUACAAUACAUCUGGCAGCAUCAGCCUUUCAACCUCAAGUAUUAUCCUGAGAAAGAAGACAUCCCUGCUCAUAUUGGAGGCAGCACUCAGUUUGGAGACAACGUUGACGACGAGUGGUUCAUUGUUUAUCUUCUGCAGCAAAUUACAGAGGCUUUCUCAGAUCUUGCUGCCAGAGUUGAGGAUAAUGAUGGGGAGUUUCUUCUUAUUGAAGCAGCAGAUUAUCUUCCCAAGUGGCUGAACCCAGAUACCAGUGAAAACAGGGUCUUCUUCUUUAGGGGAAAGUUGCACAUCCUGCCUUGCCCUUCCAAAUCCAAUACAAAAGGAUUCUCACAUGAUGUGGUACCAAGUGUGGCGCAAGCUCUAGCACUGCUGUCCACCCACCCAGAAGCCUGUCAGGCGAGCCCCAAGAUAUGUUCAGUCCUGAGGAAGAGGCUAAAAGGGUAUCCGGAGAAGAUUCAGAGCAGCCUCCACCGCGCCCACUGCUUCAUACCUGCCGGUAUUGCCACAGUGCUGGCACAACGUCCAGACCUGGUUGCCCCAGCAGUUUCAGCUUUCUACCUGCGGGAUCCAGUGGAUCUACAAGCAUGUCGAAACUUCAAAACCUUUCCUCCUGAUACGAGAGUCCUAACUUCAGUAACGUUUACCCACUGCCUGUAUGCCCAGCUGCAGCAGCAACAGUUCAGCCCCGACCGGAGGAGCGGCUUCAACCUUCCACCUCGCUCUCAUCCUCAGUUCAUGGCUCAUGAGCUUGGCAUGAAACUGGCCCACGGCUUUGAGAUCCUGUGUUCCAAGUGCAGACUUCCGUCUUCAGAGCCAAAUGCUCCAGUCAGCUGCAACCCUCAGUGGAAAGGCUUCAUGGAAAGUCUGAGAAAGAAUGGCUACUUCAGGGGAGAGCUUGAAGGUUCGGUCUUCUACAAGGAACUUUUCAAAUCUGCUGAAAAUUUCUUCAAACAAUCUGUCGCCUCGAAAUCAAACGUUCUAGCCCCAGGGGAAGAAGUCCUCCAGCUGCUGCACAGCAGCACUCCCUUCAACUUGGAGGAGUUGAAGAAGCUCGAGUCACAGCUCCCCCCAGAGGACAGCGACAGCUGGCUGAAUAUCACAGCUCAGGAUUUGGAGAAGCUGUUGGAAGAGAGGAGCGGGGCGAGAGCUGAUGUUGGCAGCAAACGCUGUGCCUCCAAACAGACGCAGCUUGCUGGGGAUGCGGCGGAGAGGGGGAAGGAGACGGAGGACAACAAGGAAGAGGAGGAGGGUGCUUACGCCCUGGUGGCGGUCAGUCAAGGGAUGAAGGACUUCUUGAAUGCCAUGUCGUCACAUGAGGGCGCUGAACUGCCCUGGGGCAGUGCAACUCAGCCUUUUAGCUUCGACUCGGACUCCGUGGCCAACGCCCUGGACAGACUGCUAGGAAGAAAUGAAGCAGAGCUAGAUUCGGAUGAUCUGGAUGAUGAUUAUGAUGAUGACGAUGAUGAGGAUGUGGAGGAGUUAGACGAGGGCUCCUCUGAUAACACUGGAACGAGCAGCGCAGAAACUCUGGACGGUCUCAAAAAAUACAUGGACCAAAUGGAUCAGGAGUUGAUGAGCACCAACGUAGGACAGAGCUUCAGUCAAACGAAUAACAACAAGGAAGGCUUGGACAAGACCUCUUCUCAUUCCUCUGCGGGGAUCAGUCUCCCGAGGGAAGAUGUGGACGAGGAGAUCCAGCCUUUAGACUUGGACGUCAAUUUGGUCACCAACCUGCUGGAGUCGCUCAGCUGCCAGGCCGGGCUGGCGGGGCCUGCGUCUAACCUGCUGCAGAGCCUGGGCAUAAACCUGCCACCAAACUCUGACCCCUCGUAGACGACGACAACACGCGCACUUAAAUCCUAAAUGAGCCAAUAGUUGGCAGAGAGGUGAUAAAUUCCACACAGUGUCACAAAAGUCUAGCUUCUCCGCAUCCACUGUGUUUUUUGUUGCCAGAAGACAUUUAAGGCAACUGCGAAGAAUAUUUGAAAUGUUUAGAAACCUAUACUGAUUUAAGGAGCACAUGUGGACAAACUCACAUUUGCACAUCUUCAGUUUUAGCUCCACAUAAAUCCAGUUCUUGUGUGUUCAUGUCUGUUUAGGUCAUCAGAGGAAACAUAAUCAGGCUGUGCAGGGAUUAGUUUUCUCUGCGUGUCUUGUCUUGUGAUCUAAAUCUUAAAAAUCACCGACAGAAAGAACAUUAAAGCCAUAAAAUUUAAGUCAAGCAGACUGAACACUCCUUCCUUUAACUCCACGUCCAUAUGAAAUCAGUGAGUAAACUUCCAUGAAUCGUUUCUGUCGGUUUCUGAGCAACAAGUUCAGACUCAAUAUACAGUAUUUUGGAAGAAAGGAAAUGACCUGUUUCAUUUGCAGACAUCAAAAAAAGCAACAUUUUAAGUACUUCAGUGUGAAGCACUAUAUAACCUCUUAGAUUUACACCAUGUGUGAUGUGUUUUGAAAGGGUGUUCUUGUAAAUGUGUACGUUUUUUGUCAUAAUUUCUGAGUUUUCUAUUAUAAACGUGUUUGUUUGUAUGCCAGCUCUCAUUUUUGCGAAAUUUAUCAAGUCAGACUUUCAGAUUUAUGAGUUAAUGAAAUCACAAUUUCUGAGUUGUUUUUUCUCUUGCAAAAGUCAGAUUUUCUCAGUUUUUCCUCACACGUUUGCUAUGAAAUCACCAAUCAUCAAUUUCGGAAUUUUCCUUGUAACUUUACAAGCUUAUAAAAUCACAAUUUCUGAGUUUUAACAUUAAUUUGUGAGUUUUAAAGUCUGAAAUUCAGAAAUGUCAGGAUAGUUAUGGCCCUAAUGUGCCAUUGAGCCACAGCUAAAUCUAUGUCCGACGCUAGAUUUGUUUUGCAAGGUCAAUUUUAAUUUAAAUCUAGCCUGUUUUUUCUUGAUGUGUAACAGAUCGAUGCAUUGCCAAGGAUCUUAAAGGAUUUGAACUCUUCAAUCGCGUUGCAGUUUUUCAAAAUCGGCCCCCCCAAACAGAAUCUUUCAUGAAAACCCCCCCAAAAAACUAGAAAAAAGCUUGACCUUUGUGUAAUA